UUAGCGUGAAUUUACUUUUAUUCUAUACAGAGCCAAAUUCUUAAACACCAUAAGAGACAAGUAGACAAGUGGGAAGAUUGCCCUAUAAUUUCAGAGAGUUAGAUGUGUAAUAAUUGCAUUUUUAACAACAAUUCACAAGCACACACAAAAAAACAUGCAUAAGCAUAUGCUUAUGUAUAUACAUAUAUGUACUUACAUUUGUAUACAAGCAUAUGCGAGAGAUUCCAUUCAACUUGCGAGCAGUAAAGUGAAAGUGGCUGAAUCUUAGUCGGUUUAUGACUUUUGAGCAGUAAACAAGCGACGAGAAAAUAUAAGUGAUAUAAUAGAAUAAUUAAUUUUUCACCUAAGUACAUACCUCAAAUUAUUGAGUAUAUGAUAAUUAAAGUAUUAUAAAUAUUCGAGCUUAUUCUACAUAAUUAGUACAAUGGAUUACAAACCAACUCCCACUGUAGUGCCCGCCGCCCCAUUCGACGCCUCGGCGGAUGCACAAGCGCUUCGUGGCGCCAUGAAAGGGUUUGGAACGGAUGAGGACGCAAUCAUCAACAUACUUACAGCUCGUUCGAAUGCCCAAAGACAGCAGAUUAAGGCACAAUUCGAGACGGAAUUCGGACGUGAUUUAAUCGGUGACUUGAAGAGUGAACUGGGUGGCAAAUUUGAGGAGGUGAUUGUAGCUUUAAUGACGCCGCCAGUUGAGUAUUUAUGUAAGCAGCUGCACAAGGCAAUGGCCGGCAUGGGUACAGAUGAGACGACACUUGUUGAAAUACUUUGUACGAAAACAAAUGAAGAAAUGCAUGAAAUUGUUGCGGCUUAUGAGGCAAAAUAUGAUCGCCCCUUGGCAGAGCAAAUGUGCAGUGAAACGUCUGGCUUCUUUCGGCGUUUGUUGACAUUGAUUGUGACUGGGGUGCGCGAUCCAGUGGGUACUGUAGAUGCGAAUCAAGCGCGCGAAGAUGCAGAGGCGCUUUAUGCAGCUGGUGAAGCAAAACUUGGUACAGACGAAGGCGUGUUCAAUCGCAUUAUGUCGCACAGCAGCUUCGCUCAAUUGCGGCUGAUCUUCGACGAAUAUAAGCAGCUCUCAGGUCAAACUAUAGAACAAGCGAUAAAGCAUGAGAUGAGUGGGGCAUUACACGAUGCAAUGAUUGCUAUUAUUGAAUGCGUACAGUCACCGGCUGCCUUCUUCGCCAACCGCCUUUAUCAAGCGAUGGAUGGGCUCGGAACAAAUGACACUACCCUAAUUCGCAUAAUUGUCAGUCGUUCUGAAAUUGAUUUGUGUAACAUUAAAGACGAGUUUGAGCGCAUUUAUAAUCGUACCCUGUACAGUGCUGUUGUGGUAAGUACAUUUGCCGCAUAAACUUUUAAAAUCAUAAAUAUGUUUUUUAGAAAUUAAAAAAAAAAAAUAUGGUCAAGGUUUACGCCUGUC